AACACCCUCACCAAACCUGGAACCUGCAACUGCAAGUAAACUAUAAUGGAGACUAAUCAACAAAAUACCUUGGCGAUUACAUUCCAAAAGCUCUCCAGUUGACCGAGCAGAGGUUUCAUUUCUCCUUCAUUGCCUUGCGUUUUUGACGUCGACGGCUAUUGCAGAUCCCUUUCCGUCUUGGCAACUCCAGACAUUCUUCCCCUGAAUUUAGGAUUUCAAGCCCUGUUUCAUUACGGAAUUUAUAUUAUUGUGUAUUAUUUGAGGGAGCUGACGAAGAGACCAUGAAUUGAAGCGUAGUGAACGUCUUGUGGCGGAAGAGAUGAAUGUGAGCCACUCGUCGAUUCAUCCGGUUGAAGAUCCUCCGACCACUGACGGCGGCGGCGGCGGGAACAAUCCUCCCAGAAUCAGGAUGAAAGAUUUGCAGGGCAUGCCAGGGACGCACGGCGGCCUCGUCCUGCGCCUCUCUCAGUUUGCUUUCGCGGUUGCUGCCCUUCUCGUCAUGGCCACCACCAGCGACUUUCCUUCCGUCACGGCUUUCUGCUACCUUGUUGCAGCUGCGGCCUUGCAGAGUUUGUGGAGCCUUUCCUUAGCCAUUGUUGACAUCUAUGCCCUUCUGGUGAGGCGUUCCCUGCAGAAUUAUCAAGUUGUUAGUUUGUUCACUGUUGGCGAUGGGAUCACAUCUACUCUUACAUUUGCGGCAGCUUGUGCUUCUGCUGGCAUCACUGUCCUUAUUGACAACGAUUUUGGUAGUUGUGGCCAGAAUCAUUGUGUGCAGUUUGAAACUGCCACUGCCAUGGCUUUCAUUAGCUGGUUCUCUGCAUUACCAUCUUUUCUCCUGAACUUUUGGUCACUGGCAUCGAGAUGAAAGGAGGAUGAAGGAAAAAGGAAACUUAAAACAGUCAUCUUGUAUACCCACUAAAUGUGCAAGCUAUCAUGAUCUCUUCUGCCAUUUGUGUACUGCGAUUUCCUAAAAUCUCAAACUUGAUCGUUUUGUGAUGUAUGUAGUUUGUAAAUUGGGUUCACUACCUAUUAAGUUGGAGGACAAAUUGAUUGGAUCACUCGUCAGUCACCAAAUUUGCAAUCUUCACCAUAUACAUUUGAAAUAGCGUGACCUUAGAAGA